AUGGCGUCAAGAAGCAGGGGUUCUGAUCAUGUUUCGCAACUGCUGCUGCCAUAUGUGCCAGGCAACUCUUUUUCUGAAAUGCGUGGUCAUUCCGUCUGGACGAAGAAUGUUUUCUAUUGCCGUUGUGGUGAUGGCAGUAGGUUGUUCGCUUUUGCCCAUGGUCUUUAUGACCGCACGCGCUCUUUUGGCAUCCCCCCUUCGAUCACCACUUACCUUGCUGCUCUUUGUGGGAAGCUUUUGGAGGAGUUUGUCAGGGCCCCUCAAGUGACAAUUAUGGAUUUCUUGCUUUUCGGACAUGGGACGAAUUUUUUCUUUUGUUGCUGCCCGACUUCUCCCCAUCUUCUGGCUAUGGCCCAGGCUGGCCAAAAUGCUACAGGGUCUCGCUCGAGUGGAAGCGGCUUUAUUAUGGGACUGGGUUCCGGCAAAAGCGUGCAGUAA